AUAUAGGGCCUUGGUCGUCGUCCACUGUGUGUGACUGCUUGAGCGGCGGUGGUUUGGGGGGUUGUGAUGUUUGUUUUUGCUUGACCUCAGGGCUUAACUCAAACACUGUGCUGCGAAGCCUUUAACUACUUGCUUAUUGUUGUGACUCACUAGCCGAAAAUGGGUCGCAAUACUCCCGAGUCCCCGGGCAAUGCCAAAAAGCGGCGUCGCACCUCUACCACUGCAGCAGCCACAUCGAUGCCCCAGUCUUCUCCAGUGCCAGAUCUGGUACCACCGCCGCUUUCAUGCUAUGGCGACACCGUGUUCGCGAGCAAUCCGUUCGACGAUGCUACGUCCAACUCUGCGCCUAUGCAGAUGCCCAACAUGGGUCACAUGGGCCACAUGGGCAUGAUGCCUCGCGGUAUGCCGUCAGGAAUGCAGGGCACCAUGGGCCCCGGUCCUGGCGGCCCCAUGGGUCCCGGCGGCCCGGUGGGGCACGGUGGCCCGAUGGGGCCGGGCGGUCCGAUGGGACCGAUGGGACCGAACUCGAUGAACGGGCCGAUGGGCCAUGGCAUGGGACCGGGACCCAACAUGGUCCCGGGUAUGCCUGGCGGGAACGGCAUGGGGCCCGGCAUGGGGCCCGUCGGAAACGGCAUGCCGCCAAUGGUGCCGCGGAUGUCGGCGCCCAACAGCAUGCCGGGCAAUCAGAACAUGAUGAACUCAAUGCCGAACAACAUGAACCCGAUGACUUCGAUGGGCGGCGGCAUGCACGACAUGAACAUGGGCGGCAUGGGGCCGGGGAUGCCGCCUGGUUCCGGCCCCGGCCCCGGCGGCAUGCCUCCGAACUCGUCCAGAAAGGUGUACCCGGCCGACCAGCCGAUGGUGUUCAACCCACAAAACCCCAACGCGCCACCCAUCUACCCCUGUGGCAUGUGUCACAAAGAGGUACACGAAAACGACCAAGCGAUCCUCUGUGAAUCCGGCUGCAACUUCUGGUUUCACAGGAUGUGCACGGGUUUGAUCGAGCAGGCGUAUCACCUUUUGAUCGCGGAAGUUUAUGCUGAAUGGGUAUGCGAUCGCUGCCUGAGCAGCAAAAACAUCCCGCUCAUAAAGUUUAAGCCAUGAGACUCGCAGCGUCGAGACGGCUAGAAUCACAAACGGUGAGGGUCGCAGUUAUUGCCGGCAACAGUGACAAUCGGUGAAAGUGACAUUCGUGACCGUGACAAUCGCCGAGAGUGGCUGAAAGUGUCGAGUGGACUAAGGCGACAGUGACAAUCGCUAAAAGCGGUAUUUGGCGAAAGUGACCAUAUUCGGUGAGAGUGGCAUUCGGCCACAGUGGCGAGAGUGGCACUCGGCGAUCGCCUCAAUCGGUGAGCGGUGGCAGGCGACAGUGACGGUGAGAGUGGCAUUCGGUGACCGUGAGAUUUGCGAGAGCGGCUCAAGGUGGCAGUUAGAGUUGGCGAUGGUGGCAUGAUGCGAUCGCGGCAGCCGAUGUGAACAGCAGCGGACGACACAUGCUGUCAACGGCUGUGUCACGCGGUAAAGGUCGGCGAGUUGUUGGCAGCCGACGGCAGAGUUGGUAGCGGCGGAGGAAGUUUGAAUCAGGCGCCGGCUGUUGGUGAACAGGCCUGACGGGAACGCCGAGAGCGGCGUAUUUUGAGCUGUUUUUCCUGUGCUGUUGUGACACUGAUCAUCAGUGUAUUCGUGGCAGUGUACCACACUGCUGGCGUACCAAACGACAACAUUGUGCAUUGUUUUUUAAUACAGAUUUACGAGAGAAUGA